AUCCUCUAGCUACCUUCUCAAGAGAUUGCAUCAAUAAAGACUGCCUAGCCACUCCUUCCUCUUUUACUCCGUCCUCCUCCUCCUCGCUCUCUCCGUCUCAGAAGCACAGGGCGGCCCCGAACAGACGCAGAGGCAGGUCUCCUCGCUGCAGCUCCAGGUGUAUAUCUUCCUCUCUGAGCCACUAUGAAUGUUGUGAACAGCAGCCAGUGGUUCCUGAGCCAGCCGUCUCCCAGCCCAGCGGGACCCAGUAAAGGACUGGGCUGUACUGAUACUUGGCAGGCAGAGACGGGCCGUAUUGCCCAGAUGAUAAUCACCAUAUUCAUCUUCCUGGUGGGCGUGUCCUUGAACAGCCUAGUGGUGUAUGCGUUGGCCUGGCGUGGGCGUGGCCGCCUGACGAGGCGUGGCAGCUUGGGCGUAGGGGAGACGCGCGGCGCCAGCAGCUUCCGCGUCUACGUGGUGAACCUGGCGUUGGCUGACCUGGUUCUCCUCCUCCGCACCCCGCUGAUGCUGGCGUACCUGGCCCACGGCUGUAGCUGGCCCAUGGGGAAAGUAGCAUGCCGCCUGGUGGUAUUCCUGAGAGGCCUGGGGCUAUACGCCGCAGCCUUCCUGCUGUGUGCCGUGGCUGUGGAGAGAUGCCUGUGUCUCCUCAGACCGGUCUGGUCCAGUCUGAAGCGUCCUCGUUGGGCCGUUCCCCUGGUGUGCGGUCUCCUCUGGGGGCUUGCUGCUACCCUGGCUGCUCCUUACCUCCACACUGCAGACCUGCUGGAGAUCAACGGUACUACCCAGUGUCUGGAAAGCAUGGGGUACAGCACGGGGCUGUUUGUGACAGAGACGGUCGCCGGGUUCCUCCUGCCUUUGACGGUGUUCCUGGUGAGUAACGUAGCCGUGCUGUGGACCGCCGGGAAAGCAGGCGGCGCAGGACCGACCUCUCCGUCCACCUCUUCUUCCUCCUCCUUUUCGGCGACUGCGAGACAGAUGGCCAGGCUGUACCGGGUCCUCUUCCUCACCAUGCUCCUCUUCCUCUCCUGCUGGGUCCCUUACUUUACCUGCCGCUUCCUGCGGGCGCUGGCCGCAGGGCGAACUGACCGGGCGGGACUGUACCGGGCUUCGUUCACGGGGCAUAUGUCUCUCUUUUCUUGGUGUACCUGA